UGGCGCCUGCGGUAACCAUGGAGACCGGCGGGCGGCGCGGCCGGGCCCGGGCAGGGCGGGGUGGCGACAGUCGGCGACAGCCGGGCCGGGGGCAUGGCCGGGGUGGUGUUCUGCGAGCCCCGGCACCUCUACAACAUCAUCAACCAGUACCGGUGGAGAUCGCGGCUGACGGAGCCCAACUACCUGUGCCUGCUGGAUGCCCGUUCUCAGUUUGAAUUCGAUGACAGCCACAUCAUUACAGCCCAGAAGAUUGAGCAGAGUCCCGCGGGGGAGUAUGUGAUCCCAAAUCCCGAGGAGCUGGGCUAUGUCAGGUUCUGUGUGGUGUAUGACCACGACACUGGCUUUUUGGGUUCCAUGGACUAUCAGGAGGAGGAGGAGGAGGAGGAGGAGGAAGAAACAGGGAGCAGCACUGCUUCAGAGACUGAAACCAGCAGCUCAGAUUCCACGUGUUCCCAGAGUGCAGAGGGAGGAGAUGCCUUCCUCCAUGCCAAAAACCUGGAGCACUUCACCCGCCACCCCGUGCUCCUGCUGAAGGGAGGGUACAAGCGUUUCUCAGCUUGUUACCACUUCCUGAAGAGCCACAAGACACUGUGGAUGCCUCAGGAACUAGACACCUUCCAGCCAUACCCUGUAGAAAUACUGCCUGCAAAGCUAUAUAUGGGCAAUUUCAAGCAAGCCAGUGACAAACAAAUUCAGAAAGAUCUGAGGAUCAAAGCACUGGUCAACGUCUCUGAACAGCCUGUAACUCUGUUUGCAGAAGAAGGUAAAUCCCUCCAUGUGUCUGUUCCUGAUUCACUCGAGGCAGAUCUUUUUUCUUCCUUCCCCACCAUUUCUCAUUUCAUAGAGAGCUUGGAAAUACCUUCUGAAAUGCAAAAUGAACAUGAGACCACACCGGGGCUUUGUGGAACAGCUCUCAGCCUGGGAGACCCAGAUCUCUGGGUUCCCAGUCACAGACGUGUCUGAGCCAAAUUACUGAGAGAGAACAUCCCCUGGGAAAAGCCACUUCCCCAUCCGGGGAGAAAGAAACCUGAACGCUGCGUGAAAAAAGACCCAAAUGUGGUGGAAAAGCUUUCCUCUAGCUCCAUGUCAUUUUGGGUCCAGCUCUGGAGCUUCCCGGGGAGCUCAGCUGUGCUGGAGGAGGUGGAAGUUUGGGAAUGCAGGUCCUGCAGGAUUGGCCCAUCAGACACAGCUGGCUCUUUGGUGAGCAAAGGGGAUUGUAGCCACAGCUGUGGGGCAGUCAGGAGGGUUAUCUCUGGAAAGGUUUGUUACCCGUGGGCUGGAAUAGUAAAUUGAGAGUCUGACAGUGCCCACUUCCAGCCCGGAGAGGUGAGGACAGAAUUUCCCUGUUUCAGAAGUCCCUGUGCCCUGUGAGUGCCUUCCCAGCCACCACAGUCUCUCACAGACUCGCUGGCUGGAUUGUUGACAAUUCCACCCUUCCCAUUUGCUGCUUUGCUGCCUUCCAAUCCUACAACCCAACCUCUGGGCAGAGGUGGUGACUGUAAACCCUCAGUGCUGGCACACGAAACCUCGACCAGCACCUGGAUCAGCACCGGGCUCUCCCUUACAGCACUCCCAGUUUAUUACAGAAUAAAACCCGGCAGAAACCCCCCCCGGCUCUGCAGCACUCUGUGUUUGGGGUUGUUGGGAUUGCGUUUCUCACUGUGACACGGGGGCAGGGCCGGGAGCCGCGCACACAGCCCUGCUGCAGCGACCACUGCGAUCCCGGGGAGUCUCCCGUUUUACAGGGCAUUUCUCAUUUCGCAGGGAAUCUCUCAUUUCCAGGGCAUUUCUCAUUUUCAGGGAAUUUCUCAUUUUCCAGGGAAUUUCUCAUUUUCUAGGGCGUUUCUCAUUUCCAGGGCAUUUCUCAUUUUCCAGGGAAUUUCUCAUUUUGCAGGGCAUUUCUCAUUUUGUAGGGCAUUUCUCAUUUCCCAGGGAAUUUCUCAUUUUCCAGGGAAUCUCUCAUUUUCCAAGGAAUCUCUCAUUUUCCAGGGAAUUUCUCAUUUUGUAGGGCGUUUCUCAUUUCCAGGGCAUUUCUCAUUUUCCAGGGAAUCUCUCAUUUUCCAGGGAAUCCCUCAUUUCCAGGGAAU